CCGAUCAUUUGGUUCUGUUCGGACCACCUGGCUCCGGACGGGACAGGCUUCCCUGCAGUCAUGGCUCGGCUCUCCCUCGCAGAAGUGGACCUGCUGCUUCUGUUAGUGCUGGCCUUGAUGCUCAGUGUUGAGGCAAAAGAGGACAAGCCAAAGACGCUGAGCAGAAAGAAGAGAGAAUGGAUCCUUCCUCCUGCCAAGAUCGUGGAGAACGUCGACUAUACCAAAAGGGAAUUCAUUGCCAAGAUUCGCUCUGAUAAAGACACACGUGCAGAAGUGGAGUAUUACCUCGCUGGACCAGGAGCUGACAAGCCACCCUACAACCUCUUUAAGGUGGACCAUAAGACCGGGUUUGUAACCAUAACUCGUAUUGUGGACCGGGAGGAGUAUGACUCCUACAACCUAACAGGGAUCGCCAAAUACAGGAACGGGACCACAGCAGAAGCCAGCAUCCCACUGCCUGUCACAAUCGUGGACCAGAAUGACAACGCUCCCUAUUUUGAGCUUCAUGUUGGAAACGUCACAGAGGCAAGCAAAGAAGGAACCUUUGUUAUGCAGAUCACAGGAAAAGAUAAGGACCAAGCUGGGACGAUUAAUUCAGAGAUCGCCUACAGCAUCAUCAGUCAGGAGCCAGCAGGCGAUGGUCGCAUGUUCUCUAUAGACAAAAAGACGGGCAAACUGUAUGUGAAGAGCCCCAAGCUGGACAGAGAGACUAAUGACUUAUACAAACUGACAGUACAGGGGGCCGAUUUGGGAGGGGCAGCAGGUGGGCUGACAGGGACAGGAACGGUGCAGAUCAAGGUCCUGGACAUCAAUGACAACAUCCCCACUCUGGAGAAAUCGGAGUACACUGGCUCAGUGGAUGAAAAUGUUGCAGAUGUAGUUGUGAUGAAACUCAAAGCUCAGGACAAAGACCUUGAAUGCUCAGACAACUGGCUGACUGUCUUCACAAUCAUCAAAGGAAAUGAGCAAAAUAUCUUCUCCAUUGAGACAGACAAUAAAACCAAUGUGGGCAUCUUGAAGCUGAUCAAGCCACUGGACUUUGAAGAAGUCAAGAAUCUUGAGCUUGGCCUGCACAUUAAGAAUGUAGCUCCUUUUGUGAAAGGUGAAGCUGUAGUGAUGGAUGUGGGCCUUAAGGUUGGAGAGGGUGAUCCUCAGGGGGCUGGACCUGGUGCUGGUGCCGGUGCUGGUGCCGGUGCUGGCGCCGGCGCCGGAGCUGGAGCUGGAGCUGGAGCCGGAGCUGGAGCCGGAGCUGGAGCCGGAGCCGGAGCCGGAGCCGGAGCCGGAGCUGGAGCUGGAGCUGGAGCUGGUGCAGGUGCAGGUGCAGGUGCAGGUGCAAAUGCAGGGCCGAAUGCAGGAGUAAAGCCUGGGGCAGGGCUUGGCCCUGAGGCUGGAGCGGGUGGUGGACUGAAACCAGGUGACAAACCAGGACCAGGGACAAAGCCGAAGCCAGACGCACCGCAGAAAACCUAUCCCAUUAAGAUAGCAGUAAAUAAUCUGCCAGAGGGCCCAGCAUUCAAACCUAGCACCAAGAAAGUUCCUGUAUCAGAAGAUCCAAAUGAACAGCCCAAGGAUGGUGUGGUCACAGUGUUUUCUGCUGUUGAUCCAGAUACAGGAAAACCAGCUGAAAACGUCAGUUAUGCCAAAGCCUACGAUCCAGAUAACUGGUUUAGCAUCGAUGAAGACACAGCUGAGAUCAAACUCAACAAGAAUCCAGAUAGGGAGUCACCGUACUUGGUAAACGGUACCUACAUUGCCAAGAUUCUGGCCAUAACCAAAGACAUGCCAGCAAAGACAGCCACAGGAACAAUAGCCAUUCAAGUGACUGACUCCAACGACCACUGCCCCACCCUGACCACAACUCACAGCAGUCUGUGCUCCGAUAAAAAAACGGUUUAUGUAACUGCCGUUGAUGGGGAUGUUAGCCCCAACGCUGCUCCAUUCACAUUCACAGUCAUACCUGAAGGAACGCGAGGGAGCUGGGAGGUAGAAGUCAUCAAUGAGACGACUGCCGCUCUUCACUCACAUGAGAAGCUGUGGCCUGGCUUCUAUGGGCUGCAGGUGGAAGUGUCGGACGCUAAGGGUCUGUCCUGCCCAGCCAAUGAGGUUUUUACUGUGAAUGUUUGUACCUGCGUGGAAACAGAGGACUGCGGUUCAAAGACAGGCAGACAAUCAACCUCCCCCUCUGAGCUCUCUGCUCCAGCCAUCGGCCUGCUGCUAGCAGCAAUGUGCUUACUGCUGUUAAUCCCGCUUCUCAUGCUGUUCUGUCAGUGUGGAGGAGCAGAUGCUAUCUUUCCUGACCGAUUUAGUGAUAUGCCAUUUGACGCCAAAGAACACCUCAUAUCCUACCACACUGAAGGCAAAGGCGAGGAUAAGGAAGUGCCACUCCAUAGUGUCCCUAUCAUGAUGAGUAACCAAAAGAAUGUUGAGAUGGGAGCAGCACAGAACUUCAACAUCAUUACUUCAAAAAUCACAGAAACGCAACAGGCAUCUAGAAUCUACAAUGAAUCUGUGCAGAAGUUUCACGAGACCAGCCAAAGUCUGAUGGAGGUCGAUAACGCCUACAAGUUUUCAAGGGAAUCAUUCAACCAUGGCUACGGCAGUGCUACGUUCAGCAGGCACACACUUGGCGUCCAAAGCACAACAGCUCUGUUUGAUGACAUAGCUCUAUCUGAUGCUUUCCUAAAUGAUUACUACUCGCAGAAAGCGGGGUGUGUAGUGCCAGUGAAGGACGGUCUGUUGGAGUAUGACUUUGAGGGCCAGGGCUCCUCUGCUGGCUCCGUGGGUUGCUGCAGCCUCCUGGAGUCUGACAAUGACCUGCAGUUCCUGAACAACCUCGGGCCCAAGUUCAAGACCCUAGCUGAGGUCUGCUUGCCUCCUACACCCGAGCCCUCCCUGUCACACAAAGUAGCAAGCACUGUCAAAACUACAGUUGAUAUUGUUGAACCAGUUGUUAAGCCCAAAAUUGAGCGAAGUGUUGAGACGAAACAUACCGAAGUAAAGACAGAGAAACUCAUGGCCUCCACUAACGUUUCCAAAUCAGCCAUCAGUACUGCAAGCACUGCCCCACCAUCCCUGACACUUCCUCGGUCCAGUGUUACUAACAUCAGUCAUUCCUCGAACACCACUCAGUUUGCUUCUCUCCCUCGUCAAGUACAGACAGUGGUACUACAGCAGCAGCCAGUUUACUACACCACCAGCCCUGUGCUACAGCCCAUGCAAUUACUAGUUCAACCACAGCUUCAGAACACAGUUCUGCUGCCAGAUGUGACCCGUAGAGCCAAUUUUUCAGGUAUGUAUGUAGUCACUGGGCCCCAGAGUCCUUCUUCUGGACUUGUUAUCAGUGGCUCCCCAGGCUCUCCUCCUGGGCUAGUUAUCCAGGGCACUGAGAGCUCCAAAAGCCCUGUCAGCCCCACCAGUCCAGUCAGCCCCACCCUGUUGCUACCUUUGAGCCAAGGUGUGUCUCAGGGAUCAGUCCCUGUGGAUGGUUGGAAAGUUUUAGGGCCAAGUCCUAAUGCUAGUUACAUGGUAGUUAAGAGUAGUCCAAGUGAGGCACAGGGGGUGGACCCAGGCUCAUCUCAGGGCACUUUGCCCAGAGGUGCUAUCCUGGUAAAAGAGGCUGCUCCCCCUCAGGGGGUAUUAGGCCCAGCAGCCCAGGGGAGUGUGCGCGCCAUUCUGCCAGGACACCCUGUUCCUACAAAGGGGGUCGUUGGUGCAGUAAAUAGAAAUUUGGGGCAAACAUGGGUUGGGCAGCGUGGGCAUAUGGAGUCCGGGCCAGUUUCUGUUUUGGGAGUUGGUGUUGGGCAGCCAGAAAUGGGAAUGGGGCAUGUAGUGGCAGUGAAGCCACAAGUUACACAGGCUGGAAUUUGGCCAGCUGGGAUACAGCCAGUUGGGAUUAGGCAGGUAAGUGUCAAGCAGUUCCAAGGAAUUUCUCCACUGGAACAAUCAGUGGAAGCCAGCUGUAUUCCAAAACCAUAUAGCACAUCAUCACCGAAGAAAGAGAACACCAUUAAUGUUGCAAAUACCUUCAUCUCUGCUGAAACCACUAAAACUCAUCUGCCUUCUAAGGAAGAGGUUAAGGAUGACAAUGAUCUAGCUCUGAACAUGCAUGAUGAUACAGUUGAAGAAAAGCAAUCAGAAGAUGUGACCAUCUAUACAUCAGAGCAACACACAACAUUAGAUGAGAAGGAUCCUGGUGAGGUGACUCAACAUGCGCUUAUCGACAAUGAGGUUCAUCAAGAUUUUGUAAAGUCAAUACCAGGGCCAAAUGUACUACAGACAUCAUUUGAGCAGUCUGACAUGGUAGCAGAAAAACCAGAGGAUACAAUUGACGAAAUUGUGCCCGAUCAGCUGAAUAAAAUCACUGAGGCGCCAUCAAGCAAAUUUACAGAAUCCAGUGACACAGAGAACACAGAGGAAGAAGCUCCACAACCAGAACAGCAGGAUGAUCAUGUUCCCUCUGAGGGCUUUUCUAUGGACGAUACAUCUAUGGUCACUAAAACGUCCUCCACAGAGGAUUUCCUACCCGAAUCAAAUGUCACUAAUUUAGCUACACCAGAAAAAGAGACUGAAGAGACAUCAACAUUUCUUCAAGGAGAGGAAGCCACUCCUACUUCAGACCACAUGAACAUUGUGGACGAUCGAAUACAUGAUAGCAUAGAAGACAGUGUGGGCAGACAGGAAGCAGCACAUUUAAAAGAAGAAGUGCAAGAAGCAGGAAAACCUGUUCAGCUCAGCAUAGCUGAAGGUCCAGACGACAGUUUUGAAGAUGGGUCAGAUCCUCAAUCAAAUGACAGCAUGGAGGAUCAAAGUGGAAGGGAGCUCGAUGGAGAUGUCAGUCCAGCAAAUCAUCUUAUUGCCACUUCUGAUAGUAUCCUGGCAGAAGAGAGUAUGGAGGAAAUGACUACAGUUACCAGUACUGCACCUGAAGAGGUCGAGGCUGAGCAGGAGGAACUGUUGGAUGCUGAAGUGGGACUCAAUGCUGUGGGUGAUGAAUUGCCUCCGAACACACCUCCAAAUGAGAUUUCAGCAGACACUGUAAAUGAGUCUGAAGAAAGGUCCAUCCCUGAUCAAGAAACAGUGCCAGAACCACAGGUGAAUGAUCGUGAAGGGCAUAAAAUGGAUGAAUGCCAUGCAGAGACAGAUAUUGCUGCUGCAGAAGCAAAAACAUCAUUGCACACUAUGAGCACUAUUUUAACUAACCAAGAGGAAGGAGAUCUGGAUGAUUCAAAUGUGAUAUCAGCAUCAGAAGAAAUUGGACUAGCAGAAGAAGAUGACGACGAUCAACACAAUAUAACAGGAGGAGUAGGAUCAGGAGUAGACAAGUAUCAAGCCGAGUCAUAUGGAGAUAGUAUCAGUGAUGGGGAGAAAGAGGAGAUAAAUUAUGAGGAAGCAGCAUCACAGCAAAGUUUCAGCACAUCUGAUGACCAAGAUGGAGACACUGAGAGACAAGAUGCAUUGAGCACAAGUUCUCAAAUGGAGGAUAAGUUCAUCUCAGAUGACAACAUUACUGAUGACGAGGAAGAUGAAGCUACUGUGCCAGCGGUACAGCAAUAUAUAGGCUUCUCAGAUGACCAAGAUGAAGAGAGUGCUAAAGAAGACGCAUCACACAUGAGUUCUCAAAUGGAUGACACCUUAGCCUCAGAUAACGAGGAAAUUGUGGAGGUAGUGGCAUCACCCGUACAACAAAAUGUUAGCUUCAUCAAAGACCAAAGUGAAGAGGUUGAAAGAGAAGCUGCUUCAGGAAGUCCGCCAUUGGAGAAUCAGAUCCUCUCAGAAGGCAACAUCAGGGAUGGAGUGAAAGAACAGGAUAUAGUGGAGGAAGAGGUGUCACCUGUACAGCGAAUGACUAGCAUCUCUGAUGAAGAUGAAGACAGUGAAAAAGAAGAUGCAUUCAAUACAGUUCCACAAGUGGAAGAUGAGAACAUCUCAGAUGACAGUGUAAGUGAUGGAGAGAAAGAGGCGCCAUCCAUACAGCAAAACAUGUGCAUUUCAUACAACCAAGAUGAAGAGAGAGAAGGAGAAGACGCAGCAGGAACAAGUCCUCAGUCGCAGGAUCAUCUCAUGUGUUCAGAUAGCAUACAUGAAGGAGAAAAGGAGGAUGUGGUGAUGUCACCUUCACAGCAAAACAUAAGUGUCCUAGAUAACCAAGAUGUUGACACAUCAGGCAGUUCUCACACAGAGGAAGAAGAAGAAUCAUACCAUGUUUUAGAAGAGGACGCUCAGUAUUUAGACACUGAAUGUUUAGAGAUGAAUCAGGUGGCAGCAACACCAAAGGUGACUGAAACCCAAGAAAUCUCUCAGACAGGUUGCAUAACUCUUGAUAUUCCUGAGAGCCAAAAUACUGAUGGCCAAGAGAUAGUGGGUGCUGCUAACAUAGAGAGUUUAGAUGAUGUAGUCACAUCAUCAGAGGAACUGAGACCAUUGAGGGUGGCAACAGGACAGGUUUGUCUCGUGUUGAAGUCCAGUGAAGACGGAGGAGCCAGGGGUAGCAUAGCGGCAUCUGGACAAGUAGCUGAGGGUGAAACAAAUCUGUGUGAUCACCAGCACGGAGAGGUAAUUAAAACUGAACAGAAUGAGGGUGGAGACUUCUCUUUGGAAAAAUGCAGAGCAGAUGUCUCUUUUGACCUAGAGAAUAGAGAGGGAUUAGAUAAUGCAUCUGGUCAGGUAUCACCGAUGCAUUAUUCAGAGAUUAAAGUGGUGGACCAGCCCUUAUCUUCAGUGUUGGAAACAGACCCAGGCUCAGCAGAGACAGGAGCUGCCAGCUUUGCUCCAAGUGAGGUAGCUGAGGAGGCUGGUUACCUUCUUCAGAAUGAGAGUGUGCAUAUGACUGGAGAGGUAGCAGGGGUAAGGCCAAGCGCUGUUGGGGAGGCUGGCUCAAUAGAUGCUGUGUCAAAAACUCCUUAUUACAUGCAUGGGGCUGAGGCAAGUGGUGGCCAAGUGAGUCCUGUUGAGCUUCAGACAGUCACUGGCCAAACUCCUCGGAACAAAUCCAGAAAGAGUAGAAAGGACUCAAGCAAGAGUCCUCAAAGCCCAAAAAGCUCCUCUGCAAAGUGCAAGCAGCAGUGAUCGCUCUCAGUUUCAAGCUGUGUUAACAACUAUACAGUUUCCAUACAGUGUUAAAUGUUGAGGUGGUGCACCCCAGUUGAACUGGCAACUCUCUGCACCACUGUCAUGAGAAAUUACAAGGGGUUAAUUAAAUUUUAGACACCUUCAAAAAGGGCCAGAGUGCUGCAUUUCGACGGGCCAAUCAUAAAUUGUGGACCAUAUAAAGUUGAGGUAAAUUCUCAUUUGUCAUCAUCAUAUAAGACUGUAUGUCAUGUCAUCAUGAUUUUAAAAAGAACGCCCACCUCAUAGCCUUGAUUGCAGACACUGAUGAUGCUUUUCCAAGUUCCAAACCUGUUUAAAAUUUUGGUGAUGGGUCAGCCCUUUGUUUUUUCUAAUUACUGCUAUAUUGAGCCUUGAAUAUCUUGUAUGAUGUGCCCUUUAUUUCACCAUGUAACUAUGUUUGGGUGAGAGACAUCUCUUCUUACUGACUUGUGGCUGAACUGUAAAUGUAAAUCAUUACAGGGUGGAACAUUUUACCAGAUUAAAGAUAAGAUGGAGAAACUAUGCUGGAUUUAUGUGUGUGUUUGCGUGUGUGUGUGUGUGUGUGUGUGUGUGUGUGUGUGUUAAAGCAAUAAUUUGGUAAUUUCAUUUUUUUUGUUGGGAGACUUUUUAAAAAAAUAUACCAUUACUCAUAAAUAUAUCUCUAUUUUUAGUCAACUCAAUUUGGGAACGCUGAAUACUGUCAUCAUUCAUUCAUCAUUCAUUAAAGAUUUUACACACAGCAUCA